AUUAUUCACUCAGUCGUUCUAUGUCGUUCUAUGUCGUCACCGUCUUCUUCAUUAACAACCAGCUUGAGCUAGCUCUUCAGCGUUGUUCUCUGUGCUUUAUAGUUUUUGAUUGACCUUGAUAACAAACUUUGUGGUGUUGAGAUACUCUUGGUCUGGACUGGACCUGCAUGUUGUGACAGUGAUCAUGUAUCUUACUGACAAGAUUCGUCCUGCAUUUGCCCGGACAACGGGCUUCCUCACAAUCCCUGUCACCAUUCUUCUAGUCCUUGUUUACCUCGCAGUCGCGCUUUCAACACUCAUCACUGAUCAAUUACCCUCAGUUCCUUCCGCAUCUACUUUGCAUUCGCACUACGGAGGUUUGAAUGUCACAGAAGCCUACAGGGACCUGCAAAUUAUCGCUGCACGACCACAUCCAUAUCACUCGCACGCUAACGACAUAGUACGCGAAUACCUUCUGCAACGACUCCGCAACGUUCGGCUCCAAUCCGGUUCACGCGACAACUUUAUCAUUGAUGAUGACGUGAUUACGAAUGGUAGCUGGUCCAGCAGCUUUGGUGUUUCCGGCUCUGGGAACUAUUUCGAAGGAAACAAUAUCCUUGUAAAAAUACGUGGGACCGCAGAAACCGAGUCUUCAAAUCUUCCUCAUCCUCCUCUUCCAGCUGUCCUUUUCUCUGCACACUACGACUGUGUAUCAACAGCCUCAGGAGCGGUUGACGAUGGAAUCGGCGUCGUCACAUUGCUCCAGCUUAUACAAUAUUUUGCUACACAUCCUCCUCGACGGGAUGUCCUCUUUAACAUCAACAAUGGUGAAGAAGAUGGCUUGAACGGCGCUCAUAUUCUUCUUGAACAUCCCUGGAUCAAGAACACGUCUCAUAUCGAAUACACCAACCUUUUCGGAUCCACGUUCCUCAACCUCGAGGGGGCAGGUAGCGGUGGGCGCCCUUUGAUGUUCCGUGGUACUGAUCAUGGGUCUGUUAAGAGCUGGAGAAACGUGGAGACCCCUCAUGCGAAUAUCAUAUCUGCCGAAGCGUUCAAUCUAGGUCUUAUUCGCAGCUCAACCGAUUAUACCGUUUACAAUAGUCGGUUUGCCGCACCCGACCCACUGGACGCUGCAAAGUUUGCCCCUUUGAGAGGCUUGGACUUUGCCUUUUACCGGGGUCGAUCAAAGUAUCAUACAAAGUACGACGCGCUUCCUUAUAUAGAAGGCGGUGAGAAGGCGUUGUGGGCCAUGCUACAACCGGCAUCUGCAGGUGGGAUUGCUCUUGCCAACGAUAACAAUGUAUCACUAGACGUUAAUGAGAAGGCAGUGUAUUUCGAGUUGUUCAAUUCCGUUCUCAUCCUUCUACGACUCGCCGAUCUUCUUACAAUCAAUAUCACCGCACUCAUCGUCGGUCCAAUUGUUCUUAUCCUACUUGCUAUAUCCGAAUCUGCGCUAGCUCGCUCCCGUGCAGCCAAAAGACAGCGAGCGACCUUCUCUCCGAGUGUAGUGCAUCCAGCGGAACUUGAAACAGAGUCGGCAGCCUCACAGAUGCUUUCUCCAGGUGGUACCGUCGUGGAAGACACACCUUCUGAAAAUGAAGAAGACGAGCCACACGAAAGUGAGACCGGAUGGACUAAAGCCAAACGUCGAUUCAAUACGUCCUCUCGUGUUUUGUGGAAGCACGGACGGUACUGGGUUGCUUUGAUCAUUGCUAUUGGAGCGCAAAUCGCGUUGGUCGUUGGUUUUGUUAAUCUUAAUCCCUUCAUCGUGCAUGGAUACCCUUCCAUUCCUAUACUAUCUUCAUUCGCCCUGUCAAUCCUAGUCCUAGCCCUCGUCUUGUCGCCUCCUCUCAUUAAUGAUCACGCUCGAAUUCAGGUUCUCUCUCAGGCUCCUAUCACGACUAAUGUUCCUGCGUGGGAAUCUUUCCGCACGCUUGUUGUCCACAGCUACAUCUUGUCUUGGCUCUUAGUUGUGUUGUCCACUAUCAGUAUCACACAGUUCGGACUAGGCGGUAUAUUGUAUAUGGCUAGUGCCUGUAAUGGCCUCACAUGGCUCGCUGCGGUGAUUUGUGGUAUCGCAGGUUGUUUUGGUGUGGCAGAAACCGCAGAGCUACGGCUCGUUCACGUCUUCAGGGAUGAUACCGAUGUCGCUGAGCAAGAGCAAGAAGAAACAGAAGUCAAUGAGCGCACUCCUCUGGUUGGCCGGAAACAUCUCCGCGUCAUCAAGAACAAAUCUAAAUCGGGUGUCGACCCGGUCGAAAACCCUCGACCAUAUGUUCUGUGGAUUCUUGUCCUCCUCAUCUAUGUUCCAUUCCCUCUGAUACUUAUAUCCCAUAUUGCCAUUUUCCUCAUCACUUCAGUGAGUCAAACGAUGAUUGAUGGAAGUCCUGCCGUCACAGUCUACGCCGUGAUAUCUCUCAUUUCACUUAUUGCUUCUCUUCCUGCCAUUCCGUUCAUCGGCGCUCGGAGAGUGCAUCGGUAUCUGUUUUGGAUAUUGGGUCUCGUAUGGGUCGUCUGCAUAGCAUUGGCGUGGAUCCCCUGGUCCGGUCCUUGGGCUGGAAGUGUUGAAGGCUUCAAAGGCGGAUUGUUCCCGUUCUCGGAGGAUGCGCCGCUGAAGGUGUUCUUCCAACAAAAGGUGGAUCUUUCACCCUCAGGCACCGACGUCAAUCCAACAGUAAGAAUUGUCACUACCCUCACAGGAGCUACACCGUUUGUGCACGAUUUGAUACUUCCUUUGAUUCCAUCCUAUCUACACUCUUUGACCAACGGAAGGCUAGUUGGGUGCUCAGAUAACAAUGUUGACGAGAGAAAAAUCGGGUUGGCAAACUGCAAUUGGGAAACUUAUAAUUCGAAUCUCCCAUCGUUUGAUGCGUUGAAUAUGGUACCUGUCGCUGCAGAUACACUUGUUGUGCAUGCGCAAAAGAAUCACUCAUCUUGGGACUGGGCGUCUACCACAAACCCUUGGUUCGAGGCUUACGGUAAAUCCAUGUCUUUCGAUGAGACUCCCGGUGCUCGGUUUUCCAUCAUAGGAAAUAACAGCCGAGCAUGUAGGAUAUACUUCGAUCAACCUGUUGAAAGGUUCCGUGUUCGGACUGUCGACGUGGAGAGCGAUGUCGAGGUGAAUAAUGAAGUAGAUGACGAGGCGAGCUGGGGGGUCCAGCGUGGAUUUGAAUCUGAUCACUACAAUAUGUUGCGCCUUUGGACUCGGGCGUGGGGCAAGAAGUUUGUCGUGGAUGUGCAGUGGUCCAACCAAUUUUCUUUCGCGGGGCAGUAUACUACCGAAACGAAUUCGAGCCAAAAAUCCUUCUUCGGAGAAACAACUACGCAUACAGGACGCGUAGCAUGCGAGUGGGCUGAAUACGAAAGUGGAAUGGUCGGCAUGGGUUUGUCAACUUCGCCUGUACCAUCAUCAUCUGGAGAACGUUUCCCGAGUGCAAAGAUACCUGCAUUCGAGGAGGUGUUGACCUACCUACCCAAAUGGGCAGUGGCCAGCAAGUUAACAGAUGGGUUGGUUGAGGUUGAGGAAAAGUUUGUGUUGUGAUAAAUGCUUUCUUUCUUGAUUCUUUGGACUUA